AUGUCUCAAUCAGAAAAGGAAAAUCAGGGGAGUGGGGAAGGGAAAACUCAAGACAUGGCCAUUUUCAGCCCACCCGUAGUUCGUUCAGGCGCUGGCGCCCUCAACCGGGCUCUGUUCACAAAGACUGUCAACUUGGCUGCCGCCGCCGUCAACGACAACCGUCUUAUAUCCAAGUACAGAAAAGAGCUUGAGCACAGCAAGGAGCUCCUGCGCCAGGACAGAUUGUCCCCUAUUGUGAACCACCCAGACAAGACCCUUGCCGACCAAGGAAAGAAGUGUCUGCUUCUUAGCCCCGACGUCAAGGCACCAGAACCAGAAACAUGGGGAGCUGCUCUCAAGGAAGGUGUUCAGAAGAAGGAGUUGUCUGUCAUUCCUUAUGAGCUCCAGCUCAACUAUGACUACUGGACAUAUCAUGAUAUUAUCACCUCUAUUCUCCCCGAGGAACUUCAUGACGAUAUCCCCUCCGGCUUCAACACCGCUGGUCAUGUCGCCCACAUGAACCUUCGCGAGCGUUAUAUCCCCUACAAGAAGGUGAUCGCCGAGGUCAUCUUGGACAAGACCACCAACAUCCGAACCGUCAUCAACAAGGUCGACAAUGUCGGAGCCGAGUCCGAGUUCCGAACCUUCCAGUACGAGGUUCUGGCUGGUCCCGACGACAUGCAAGUCCAGGUUACCGAGAACGCCUGCACUUUCGAGUUUGACUACGCAAAGGUGUACUGGAACAGCAAGCUGGAGGCCGAGCACCGCAGGCUCAUCAACAUGUUCGAGCCCGGCGAGGUGGUGUGCGAUGUUAUGGCUGGCAUCGGCCCCUUUGCUGUCCCCGCUGGCAAGAAGGGCGUCUUUGUCUGGGCUAACGACAUGAACCCCGAGAGUAACAAGUAUAUGCAGGUGGCUAUCAGCAGGAACAAGGUAUCCCAAUACGUCCGCCCCUUCUGCGAAGACGGCCGGACCUUCAUCCACCACGCCGCCGACUCGGUCCUCGAAGCCCACCAGAACGGCGAGCACGUCCUGAUCGCACCAAGGCCUCCCUCGCGCGCCAAGAAGGCGCCCAAGCUUUCCGAGCCCAAGCGCGUCGACGUCCCGCCCACCAUCUCGCACUUCGUCAUGAACCUGCCCGCCACCGCCAUCGAGUUUUUGGGUUGCUACCGCGGCGUGUACACCGGCCACGAGGACCUUUUUUCUGAAGGUCGCAAACUGCCCCUCGUGCACGUCCACUGCUUCUCCUUCAAGGCCGAUGACGAGACCCCGCUCAACGAUAUUUGUGAGAGGAUCACCAAGUAUCUUGGUUUCCCUGUUAAGCCGGGUAAUCCGGAUGUGGAGGGCGAGGUGGCGGUUCAUGAUGUUAGGGAUGUGGCGCCGGCUAAGAGGAUGUUUUGCGCUAGCUUUAGGAUUCCGAGGGAGGUGGCUUUUGCGAAGAGGGACUGA